GUCGCGCAGCGAGUGUUGAGAGGUGCUCGAUCCAACGAAAAGUGUCAUCCCAUUGAUUCCGAAGAAAUGAUUCCGAAGCUUAUUACAGCGUUCGCUUUGUUGGUGUGCUGUGCCAAUGCCAGUCAAUAUCCUCUCAUCCUUAAAGAUGGAUCGUCGAUCGUAGAUCAACCUGAUAGAAGCUAUAGAGCUUCACCACCGGCACCUGUCAGUUAUGUGAGUUUCGUAAAGCACCAUGUUGCUCCACCUAAACCGCAACAGCAGCUGACGACCGUGACUCCGCCGAUACCAGCACCACCGCUAAGAAGUCCACCAAGGGCUUUCUCUGUACCGAGCCCAAACCAACCGGACAUCGCUUCUAAGUUGGCGCACAAUCCGAACCGUGGUGUUCCGUAUGUCCUAUACGUACAAAUCGUACCGCAGGGGCAGGACUAUUCAAAGUUUAAUGGUAAUCAUCAGUCGAACGUCCAACAACCAUCGCAUCAACCGACAUCACACCGCCACAGCACCGCUCUGCAAGGUGAACCAGUGUUCGUGCGAAGUAAGGUACCGCUUUCGCAGGAGUACUAUACGUUGUACCGAAGCGUCGACACCGUGUCACCAUUGCUGGUGGCAGUGCAAAAGCCGGCCUACGUGAGAAAUAUGCUGUACUCUACCAGAUCCAACUCUGGCGUUGCCAGCAAAACGUUGAGCUACUCGCCUCAGCUAUCGUACGUACGGCAUGUACAUCAAAGGGCUUGAGAGCAAUAGGGAUCGAUCAAUAGAGGUAUCAAGGAUAACAGUACAAACGCGGGGCUGGCCAAUGGCAGCAAUC